UCAAAGCAGGUGGAGUGGAGUCCGCGGCUUCUAGACGUCCCCCCCCACACCCGCUUUGACUACACGGUCAGCAGUCUCACGGGGGGCCCGAGACCUCACUCGCCCUACGACGCGCAGUAUCAAAGCACUGUGCUGCAGGGGGGCAUCUUCGCUGGACAGCUGACCAGGGUGGGCAUGCAGCAGAUGUUUGCCCUGGGCCAGAGGCUGAGGAAGAGCUAUGUGGAGGACGUCUCCUUCCUGUCUCCCACCUACAACCCCCUGGAGGUCUUCGUCCGUUCCACUAACAUAUAUCGGAACCUGGAGUCUACCCGGUGUUUGCUGGCUGGCCUUUUCCAACAUCCAAAAGGGCCUGUCAUCAUCCACACCGAUGAGGCGAGCUCUGAGGUGUUGUACCCCAAUUACCAAAACUGCAGGAGUCUACGGGAAAUAACCAGAGGCCGGAAAGAGGCUGCCUCUUCGCAGCCAGGAAUCUCAGAAGAUUUGAAAAAGGUGAAAGAAGGACUGGGCAUUGCCGACAGCGACAGAGUCGAUUUCUUCAACCUCUUUGACAACAUGGCUGCCGAGCAGGCACACGGCCUCCCGGGCUGCCCCACGCUGAGACGGUUUGCCGGGAUGAUCGAGCAGAGAGCGGUGGACACGGCCUUGUACCUCCUGCAAGGGGAAGACGGGGAGAGCCUGCAGAUGUCGGUGGGCCUGUUCCUGCACCUGCUGGAGGGCAACCUGCUCAGGUCCGUGGACCCCGCCGCCCCGCCCGGCUCGGCCAGAAAGCUGUACCUGUACGCCGCUCACGACGUGACGCUCAUGCCGCUCUUACUCGCCUUGGGGAUUUUUGACAACAAGUGGCCCCCCUUUGCCGCGGACCUGACCCUGGAGCUGUACCAGCACAGGGAGACCCAGGAGUGGUUCGUGCGGCUCUACUACAGCGGGGAGGAGCAGCUGCCCAGGGGUUGCGCCGACCGGCUCUGUCCGCUGGACGCGUUCCUGAACACCUUGGCACUGUACUCGGUGAGCCCAGAG